AUGAAAAGAAAAAAUAGUGAUAUUAGUAAUAAUAAUAAUAAUGAUAGUAAUGAUGGCUUUUUAAUAAAAAAAUAUAAAGAAUCAAAUUUCAAUGAUAUAAAUUACAACGAACUAAAAUGUAUUGCAGAAUUUUUAAAUAUACCAACACCUGGAAAAAAAGAAGUUCUUUACAAUCGUAUUGGUGACUAUUUAAAAGUUGAAAAAAGAAACAAGCAAAAAGAAGAAUCAGAAGAAAACUUAAAUACACCCAAGAACAAUUCAACUGAAUUACUCUUUUGGAGAGUAUUUAGAAAUAAAAUAAUUUUCAAUGAAAUUUUUAGAAAUUUUGUUUUCAGUCAAUCAUAUUGCUACGAACAUCUGGCCGAUGUAAAACAUAUUUUGGACUGCUAUUCAAACGGUCCCGAAAUUAUUAAAGACAAAGUCAGAAUCGGCAGCUAUUUAAACUUUAGAUUAAAAGAACUCGAAGGCUUUCAAUUAAUUUUUAAUACCAUUAUUAAAGAAAAUGAAGAAAACAAGAUGUUUUAUAUCAAUUUGUUUUCAAACUAUCCAAAGUAUAUGACCGAUAUCGAUGGAAUUUUAAAAACAAUAAUAAAAAAAUCGAAUGUAUUUGCAAUAAAAAUAUUUAUAGAUGUAUUCAAAUUAAAAACACCCCAGAUUUCAAGUGCAGUACUUAGUUUUUUAAAAGAUGGCCACUACGUUUUUUAUGAAAAUUCCUUUCAAACCUAUGAGAUGUACCACUUUUUAAAAGCAAAUAAAUAUUUACCAAAAAAAUCAAAACCCCCAAAGAUGGAAAGUAAAGAAGGUUUAAAUAUUUUCAAAGAUUCAUUCAAUCUUAAACAUUUGGUCCUGGUAUGCAGAAUCCAGGUCGAGGCAUGCUCAAAUUCAAAGAAAGAUCUUUUGGCGUUAAAAGAAAUUCAAAAAUUUCAAUUUUCUAAUGAUCAAUUAGAUUCAACAAUCAAAGAAAUUUUAGUUUCAAUAUUAAAUAAUAAGUGUGAUAAUGGUGACCAAGUCAAGGCCACAAUCAAGCAAUAUAUAAAACUUUUCUAUUCAAUUGGUGAUUAUAAAAGGCCACCACAAUAUUAUAUAUUUUUUAAACCAACCCGAAAAAUAUUUUCAAUGCUCUGUAAUGGACACAAUAAACCAGAACACAAAAGUAAAGGCUUUUUGGAAUAUGGAGAAAGUGACGAUGAAAUUGAUUCCGAAAAUGAAAAUGAAAGAAAAAAUGACCUUAUUAUGCCAUAUAAAUGCAAAGAAAAUCCUGCAGCUCAUUUUUAUAAAGAUGCUUUUGUCAACAACACACAAGAUUUAAAAAGAUUCGUUCAAGUUUUAACCAGGAAUAUACAUUUAUUUGAAAAUAACCUUUGUGGUUUGAAAUACUUAUUAAAAUCAAAUAUCUACAAAAAAGUUAUUGAAGAAAUUUUCAAAGAAAAAAGAAUAUUUUCAAUUGAAAAACUAAUUUUAAACUCAACCACAUCCACCAGAGUAUUAGAUUUCUUGUUUGAACACUAUCAAAAUGAAUUUUUUAAAGAUCAUAAUAUCAACUGGCAAUUUGUAGAUCUAUCAGUAAUCGAGCAUUAUGAAAAGCAAAUGCUGGAUUUAAAUAGAAAAUUCCUUGUUGAAAAUCCAUACCAUUGUGAAGGUCAAGAACAUUCAAAAUUCAAGGAUGAUAAAAUUAUAGGACCACAAAUUUUAGAAAUCCUUGAAAGAGCAUUGAGCUGUCAAUUUUUUUACGCAUAUCAUAUUUCAAGUCUGUUUAAAGUUGAAAAUUUCUCAAAAACAAUUGUUGAAUAUGUUGAAAACCGUCAAGACUCAAUCAUUUCUCUGUUCAAACAAGUAAAAGCUAAAGAAAUCAAUUUUUCUGAAAUAUUUAGUGAAUAUUUCCUUUUCAAAAAAGUAAAACCCCACAAACUAUCAUAUUGGAUUUUAGAGAAAUGCACUAACAACGAUCAAAUGGGCUUUGAUGAAGAUGAGGAUUAUGCUGAAUAUAAAGAUGAAGAUGAAGAUGAAGAUGAAGAUGAAGAUGGAGAUGGAGAUGGAGAUGGAGAUGGAGAUGAAAAUGAAAAUGAAAAUGAAAAUGAAAAUGAAAAUGAAAAUGAAAAUGAAAAUGAAAAUGAAAAUGAAAAUGAAAAUGAAAAUGAAAAUGAAAAUGAAAAUGAAGACGAAGACGAAGAUAAAGAUGAAGACGAAUACGAAGAUGAAGAUGAAUACGAAGAUGAAGAUGUUGAUGGAUACUUUAGGCUAAACUUAAAAUUUUCUACCAACUCUAAAAAAAACAAAGAAAUUACCAUUAAAAUUUUUACAAAUCACUAUACACAAUUACUAGUCUAUGCUACUCUUUAUAAAGAAAACUUUUCAAAGAGAAUUGAACACUUAUCAGCCCAAGAAUCAAUAUAUUUCCCAAGGAUUUACUUAGAGCAUUAUUAUAACCAUUAUAAAGGAACACUUUAUUGUGUCUCUUUUAUAAAUAUGGUUGCCAGAUUGGGUCAUUAUCCAUUUUUCAAAUUUAUGGUUUCGAAUCAUUCAGAUUUAUUAAGAAAAUCUCUUUCUGCUGGAGAUGUUUGGGUUUCAUUAGUAACAAUUAUAAACUCCCAAUCAUCUCCAACCCAAUGCAGUUUCUCUGGUAUAAAUUAUGGCUUUUUAUCAAACUCCACUGGAUAUUCAUCUACAGAUUCACAGGGUCAAUAUACAUAUUAUUUUAAUAUCUGUAAUGAAACCCCAAAAUGCAACCAAGGAGCCAAUAGUAAUGUUGUAGCAUGUCAAGUUAAAGGUAUAGGUAACCCAACAAGUGUUGGUAUGCAGUCACAGGGAGUUUUUAAAUCCAAUCCAACCCAAUUAUUGUAUAGUACCAAUAAAAGUCCUUGUCAUAGUGGUGCAUAUAGGUCGUUUAUAAUAAACCUUGAAAAAAGCAAUAGUUUACAAGUAUCAACGGUAACAGAAACUUCAGUAUGCCAAUAUAGUGUUACCUUAUACUAUCCAGAAGGUGAUUCUGACAGUAGUAGUAGCAACAAUAAUGAUAAUCCAAUUGUUUGUAAAAAAACUGGAAAUGGACUAAAUAUGAUAAGCUAUACAAACAUUACUUGUGAGUCCUAUGGCCCAGCAACAUGCAUCGAUAAUACCAAUGGGGAAAUAUGUAAAUCAAAUGAUCCAAAUAGCAACAUUAUAUGUAUGACCAAUACCGUAGGACCUAGUUCAAUGACCUGUACUGGUAACAAUAUUCAAUGCACAUCCGAUGAAAUGACAUGUGCAAUUAAAUCAAAAAAUAAUUUAUAUGUUAAUGGUCAAUAUACAAAUGAAAAAGAAGUUAAAAUUUUUUAA